AUGAGUGAAAAGAUGGAGAAAAUCAUUAACAUUACAAUCCAUUACGGCUCAGUGACAAAGCGCACAGAGGCCGAAGCUUCCAAAAUUAACAAGGAGAGAUUGAACAGAAUUGUUAGAAAAGAAUUGAACUUUCCAAAAGAUAAAAAGUUUUCAUUAACUAGAAAGUCUAAAAGAUCUAAAGACUAUGUCCCAUUAAAAGAGAAUGCUGACUUCAGAGCUCUGGCUAGAUCUCUUGAAGUUAAAAACCAUUUGAAGUUGAAAGUUGAAGAUGUUGCUGAAGAUAAGGCUACAGGUGCUGUUGAUAAAGCAAUUAAUACUCAUGCCACAAAAGAUGAUUUGGUUUCAAUCCCAAAUAACGAUUACAAGAAAUUGAUGAGCCAAAUUGAAGAUAUCCACAAGUCAAUCAUCAAGGGGAAAGAUGAUGAAGAAGAUGUUAAUACUGCUGUUCAUCAUGGCGUUUAUUGUGAUGCUUGUAACCCAUUCUCAAACAUUUCUCCAAUCAUUGGUGAUCGUUUUAAAUGUAAGGAAUGUUUUGAUUAUGAUUUAUGCUCAAAGUGUUACAAAAGCGGUAAAGCAACAAACUCUCAUUCUUCAAAACAUUUAAUGGAUAAAAUCUCUGUUCCAAAGAGAAGAGGAAUUUUCCCAAGUGCAACAACAACAGCUGCUCCUGCUCCUCAAGAACCACCAUCAUUCCCUGAAAUGGAACUACCAUCUCAACCACCAUCAUACCCUUGUACUUUGAAAGAAGCAACUAGUAACAUUGGUCAAAAUUGUAUUUUUGUUGAUAUUCCUGUUGAUACUUUGGGUGCAAAAGAAUAUGAAACUGCAAUUGUUGAUUUUGUGAAAAAUUAUGAUACUGUUGAUAAAUUGAAACAGUUGAAAGAAAAAUUAGCAACUUUUAACAAUUUACUUGAACUGACAGACAAUAAUGGACAAUUAUUAACAACAAUUGUCCAGUCAUAUGUUGAUUCACAAAAAUUCGGUAAAGAAGAAUCCAAAAAUACUGAGGGCUUAACUGUUCAAGUUUCACAAGUUGCUAGAACUAUUGUUUUCCAUUUGCAAAAUAAAGGAGCUGUUUCAACUCCAAAAAAUUUGAAUUUAUUGUUCACUUGUCAAGGUAAUGAAAAUGCGUUAACCAAAUUCAGUCUUUCAAUGGGUCCACACUCAAUCCAUUCAAAUGGCCAUAAACGUCUCUACUAUAACACUAAUGGGAUUGGUUUCAACUUGAGUGAUAAGUUCACAAUUGAAUUAAUUGGUGAUGAUAACCAAGUUUAUGCAUCUGGUGUUUGUACAGAUGGUUCAGGAUUGAUUAAAUUGGAGGACCCAAAGUUGAAAAACUCAUCAAGUGUUGAAAAAGGUGAAUCUUUUGGUUCAUCCUCUAGUAGCACAUCUUCAAAUGAAGCUUUCAUGACUCCUUCAAGUUCAACACUCAUUGAGCAACAAGUUGCUUCAGAAAUAAUGGAGAAUAAAGAAGAAGAAGAUACCACAAAGGAUUCUAGUGAUAAAGUUGAUGAUGAUACUGUUGUUCAAGAUGUUGAGUCAAGUGAAAACUCCGUCCCUGAUGAUGUCGUUCUUGAAACUGGAGAAAUUUUAAUCUCUCCAGAGAGUGAAAAUGAUCAAGAAUCAACCACUAACGAGACUAUUCGUUCUUCCACCAUGACUUUAACACCAGAAUUUGUUGAAGUUGAUCAAGAUCUUGAAAUGGAUGAAACUGCUGGUAUCAGUUCAGAUUUCACUGAUGACGAAGUUGAAGAAGAUGAUGAUGAUGAAGGAAGCUUUAGUGAUGAAUAUGAAGUUUUGUCUACCGAUGACUAUACUGAAUAA